GGUCUUCCAGUCCAGAUCGUACUCGCCCAAACCGCAAACGACAAGCAAGGGAGUCGGAGAUCACCGAAAUCGGCGAGGUGCACCUCCCCCGUCGUCCCAAGAGUGUCAAGCGGUCGGAGUUUUAUCCCGGACAAGCCCCCAAUUCCACCAGUAAAUUCUUCAGUGCAGCCUGCGCUCCAGGGGCAGGCACCUCCUUCCCCAAUCUGUGCCGGCUCUGCCAGGGCAAGAAAUCCUACAACAGGGACAGAAAUUACUUCUGUGAAACGACUGACAAUGAGCCUUACUACGGUUCUGAAGGUGCACUCAGCCCAGGCCGGGCCCAGUCUCACAGCCUAGAUCGGGCCCAGACUCACAGCCCAGACCGGGCCCAGACUCACAGCCCAGACCAGGCCCAGUCUCACAGACCAGACCGGGCCCAGUCUCACAGCCCAGGCCGGGCCCAGACUCACAGCCCAGGCCGGGCCCGGACUCACAGCCCAGGCCAGGCCCAGUCUCACAGCCCAGACCAAGCCCAGUCUCACAGCCCAGGCCGGGCCCAGUCUCACAACCCAGGCCGGGCCCAGUCUCACAGCCCAUGCCGGGCCCAGACUCACAACCCAGACCGGGCCCAGUCUCACAGCCCAGACCGGGCCCAGUCUCACAGCCCAGGCCGGGCCCAGACUCACAGCCCAAGCCGGGCCCAGACUCACAGCCCAGGCCGGGCCCAGUCUCACAGCCCAGACCGGGCCCAGUCUCACAGCCCAGGCUGGGCCCAGUCUCACAGCCCAUGCCGGGCCCAGACUCACAACCCAGACCGGGCCCAGUCUCACAGCCCAGGCCGGGCCCAGACUCACAGCCCAGGCCGGGCCCAGACUCACAGCCCAGACCGGGCCCAGACUCACAGUCCAGACCUGGCCCAGACUCACAGUCCAGACCGGGCCCAGACUCACAGUCCAGACCGGGCCCAGACUUACAGCCCACACCGGGACCAGACUCACAGCCCAGGCCGGGCCAAGACUCACAGCCCACACCGGGCCCAGUCUCACAGCACAGACCGGGCCCAGUCUCACAGCACAGACCGGGCCCAGUCUCACAGCACAGACCGGGCCCAGACUCACAGCCCACACCGGGCCCAGACUCACAGCCCACACCGGGCCCAGUCUCACAGCACAGACCGGGCCCAGUCUCACAGCACAGACCGGGCCCAGUUUCACAGCCCAGACCGGGCCCAGUCUCACAGCCCAGGACGGAUCCAGACUCACAGCCCAGGACAGGCCCAGACUCACAGCCCAAGCCGGGCCCAGACUCACAGCCCAGGCCGGGCCCAGACUCACAGCCCAGUCUGGGCCCAGACUCACAGCCCAAGCCGGGCCCAGACAGGACCCAGUCUCACAGCCCAGGCUUGGCCCAGUCUCACAGCCCAGACCAGGCCCAGACUCACAGCCCAGACCAGGCCCAGACUCACAGCCCAGACCAGGCCCAGACUCACAGCCCAGACCUGACCCAGUGUCACAGCCCAGACCAGGCCCAGACUCACAGCCCAGACCUGGCCCACUCUCACAGCCCAGACCAGGCCCAGUCUCACAGCCCAGACCAGGCCCAGUCUCACAGCCCAGACCUGGCCCACUGUCACAGCUCAGACUGGGCCCUCUCUGACAGCUGAAGGAUGGGUAUUUGCGAUGAGCAAUUAUCAGGAUAUGUCUCCUGCACACCCCCUCUCCCAGGAGCAGGGUUUGGCCUCAGGGAGUGUGCGAGCUCCAGGCCCUCAGC